UCCGCGUGCGACCACCGCUUGUGUCCGGCUCGGCGUUGGUGUCGCUCUGCGCAUUCGUCUUACCCCCUGCGGUCCGCACGACAGCCCCUUCCCUGUUCCGGGCGGGCGCGGGGGACAUGAGUGUCCCUCGGCCUCCUUCCCCCCACGGGGCCCUGGCUGGGUCCCCCGACGGCCGGGGAGCCGGGGAGCCGACGCCGGGUUUAAGAGACACUUCUCCAGAUGAAGGGCUAAUAGAGGACUUGACUGUAGAAGACAAAGCUGUGGAGCAACUCGCAGAAGGAUUGCUUUCUCACUACCUGCCAGAUCUGCAGAGAUCAAAACAAGCCCUCCAGGAACUCACACAGAACCAAGUUAUAUUAUUAGACACACUGGAACAAGAGAUUUCAAAAUUUAAAGAAUGUCAUUCUAUGUUGGAUAUUAAUGCUUUGUUCACUGAAGCUAAACACUAUCAUGCCAAGUUGGUGAAUAUAAGAAAAGAGAUGUUGAUGCUUCAUGAAAAGACAUCAAAGUUAAAAAAAAGAGCACUUAAGCUGCAACAGAAGAGGCAAAAGGAAGAAUUGGAAAGGGAGCAGCAACGAGAGAAGGAAUUGGAAAGAGAAAAGCAGUUAACUGCCAAACCAGCUAAAAGGACAUGAAAGGUUGUGUUUUCUUCCCUUCUCCCACAUCCUUAAGACAACAUGAGUGUAGACUAAAGUGAAGGUAGUGCCUUAUACUAUUGUGUGUGUUUUAAAUUCUUUUCCCUGGAGUCCUGUAUCUCUGUGUCUUCAUUUCAGCCUUUAAAGAGACUUUUUUCUAAAUAUCAUUUGAUUUGGGUAUUUAUAUGUAAUUAUUUCACUUUGUGUUUUGCUUAAUUUCAUUAUUUUGGCCUUGACUCUAUAAACUGUAUAAUGUUUUGAUUGUUUUUAAUAGUCUGGACUCUGGUUAAAAAUUAGCAUGAAAAUUUUAGCUUCUUAAGUGAAUUUAAAAGUUUCAGUUUUGUAUUUUAUGAAAUCCCUUGCCUUUUUGGUAAUGCAUUGCUGGAUUUUGGCAAUUGCCUUUUCAUUGCUUGGUUAAAAAGAAAUGCCAACUAUUUUAUCCCAUGUGCCCCUGACAAAGAGGUGUUAUAUGCAUCAUAGAAAAGUGUGUAUGUGGGAAAUAGUAGCAUUUUAGACACAAGAUAGGUAAACAAGAUGUCUGGUCCACUAACUGUGUGCUCUGCUCCCUAGCAUUGUGGUUGCUGUUUAGUGCUUCUGUAGCUUUUGGGUUCAAGGUAGAAUAUACAUAUCCCUAAAGUUUGAUGGGGAGGUGGAAUUCACACAUUCAAAUAUGCUUAAAUAUUUGUGAUAAUUGGUAGUAGUAAUUAACACACUGAGAUGCAGUUGUUAAUUCAAUAUGAUAAUGAACCCAACUUUCCGCAUGGAAGGUCUAAGCACAAGUUGUGUGUGCCCUCUGAUUUCCUUUGUGGCUUUACAUGUGGUGACUUUUUAUGUGCUUUAAAAAAAUUCUUAAAGUAGAAUGAUCUAUACCAAACACCUGUUUUAUAGUUAAUGACAGGAAUGAUGGAAAAUUAGUUAGCUUCUUCACAAGAGAGGCAGCAUGAUAACUUUUGUGUUUUCUGUAUUUUUCUCUCCAGUAUUAUAUGUAGACACUUAUGUGAGGGAAAUGUUAUAAUGUUUAAUUGUUCAAAAUUGGGAGAAUAUUAUUCACUGUUUUGGUGUUACUUAAUAUCCAAGUGGUCUCUAAUCUCUAUUAUAUAGAGACUGUAUAGAACCUAUAAAAGUGUAUGAUUAGAAUAUGUAUCUUUUAUAAUCCACAUUACAUUUUUGGUAAGCUGUAAUUACUACCUCUGAUCACAUAUCAGGCUAAUUAAUGAAGAAGAAGGCUUUAGAUUUGAGUGCUGAGAACUAGAGUGUUUUAAAUAGGUUUAAAUAGUUUCUUUGAAAGCCUUUCCCUUCUUUAAUGAAUGAUGAUUCUCACAGUUCACUUGACCUUGAACUUACAUUUAAGAAUAUAAGUGUAUUUUACUUAGAAAGGCUAAGUGUUGCCCUGAAACACUAGCUAAAACUGCCUAGGGCAGGAUUCAUUAGGGCUUAUAGGACAAUAUCAUCUAAACUGCUGAAUGUAUUCAUAACCUGACAGAGACUGCCCGUUUCUUCUCAGAGUGGUUUGUGAACCAACUACAAUGGUUAUUUAAAAUGCUGGUUCCUGGGGCCUCCCCCAUUGGUGCAGGUGGUUGAGCGCAGUGCUGUGAAGCUGUCCACAGCCUCUGCAGCAUCAGUUCGAUCCCAGCCGGCCGGCGAGGGUCCCACACGGUGCGACAGACCUCUCCUGUCUCGCCCGCUGCUCUCCUCAGCAGUGUAUUUCGUCAGUCUGCCUGUUUUGUUCCCCACUCUGUCUCUGGUGAAUCCUCUCACCUUCCCGUGCAUCUGGCCUGUACCCGGUUCUUACAUAAAUAAAUAAAUAAAUAAAUAGAUAAAUAAAUAAAUAAAUAGAUAGAUAGAUAAAUCUUAAAAAAAAAACAUAAAAUAAAUAAAAUGCUGGUUCUUGGACACCACUAAAUCUACUGAAGCAAACAUGUUUUUCUCUGCCAGUUUUUCCCAAUUGAUUCUAAUGCUCUCUAAAAUGAUGCUACAUUAGUUGUUUAGGUCAGAGGUUCCCACAUUAAGCAGCAUAUAUCAUCAUCUGGGAACUUUAAAAAUUGCAGACAUUCUGUAAGUUUCAUACUCAUUAGUUCUGGGUUGGGAGAUGCAUGAAAAUUUUAGAGUUUCCAGGAUUACUCUGAUGCAAGGACCCGCAGUGUUUAAACUAUCUAGUGAUUCAUAUUUAUCAGGAGUGAACUAGUUUAAAAGCUGUUUAGUAACCUUGGGAUUAAUCUUUGAAAUAAAUUCUGAGCUGCUGCUUUUGAUAUAAAGUCAGAUUUAAGACUGAAAUAGAAAUCUAGUUAAUUAAUUGAAUUUUGGUGACCUGUGUUAAAAUCAUGCUUAGUGAAUGAAUGGGAAGGCACACAUGUACUUUUAUAGUUGGAUUAUUUAAGUUUUGAAAAUUUUUUUUAAAAUGUCAGGUAUAUAUAUAUAUUAGCAUCCACUAUUUUUAGGUCACUUGUAAAUCAGAAGUACUAUUACCUUGUAAUUAAAAUCUAAAACUGUAUUUGUAUUUCAGUAGCAAGUAAAUAUAUCUCACUAACUAAACUUGAAUGGUACCUCUUUAAUUAGUCUUGCUGUUUUUUUGCACGAAAUAUGAAUUUAUACUUAGGAGAAUUUUGGUUUUUGGUUGGAAAAGAUUGCCUUUGUUUUGAAAUUACAUUGCAUAGGUACUAAACUAAAAUGAUAGAUAUUAGCUUUGUGUUUAUUUUGCAGUAUAUAUCAUGUAAAUAUGCAGACAUUGAAUGUAAUGUAGAUGUGUCCUCAGUGAGUUUUUGGGUAGAUACAGUUUGUAAAUAAUGUGAGUUAUACAACCUCAUACCUUUCUAUUUUGAGUUUGUCAAUGAGGACUACUUUUUAUAUAUGUAAUAAAAAAGGUCCCUGAAUUAUCCAAUGUAAUUUAGCAAACAUUGUUGUGUACUUUGCACUGUAUAGUUCCUUACAUGAAUGUUAUUUCAAAAAUUCCACUUCUUUUUUUCCCCUAAUUGUCAUCUUCCUC